AUGUGCUUCUUGUGUUUGUUUGUUUAUUAUUUCCAUGUGCUCCUUUGUUGUCAUUCAGAACUCCGCCACACCUACCUUCCACCACGUCCUGGUUUUUUCCAUCACCUACCACACCUGCCUCGUUAAUCACCCUGUUUGUUACCCUGAUUGGUUUCUCCUGUGUCUUGUUAAUUCCCCUUGUUUAGUUCACCUGUGUCUGGUUGUCUAGUUCCCCCUCUGUUAUUUAAGUUCAGUCUGUCUUGUGUUUCACGUGGGUUUGUCAUUUUUAGCAAGAAAUGGCUACAACAAUCGCCAUCACAAUCAUCCUGUCUGUGGCCAUCCUCACUACCACAUCAAACGAGCCCUGGGACAAAUACCGGCUGCCUGACACUCUCAAGCCAUCCAAAUACAAUGUGACUCUGUGGCCUCGUCUGGAGAAGGAUGAUCACGGCAUGUACGUCUUCACAGGCCACUCUACUGUGGACUUUGAGUGUGUGAAGGAGACAGACAUGAUCCUCAUUCACUCUAACAAGCUCAACCUCACCAAGUUCAAUGGACAUCACGCAACACUGACUAGACUGGAUGGUGCAGCUGCACCAGCUAUUAAGACAACAUGGCUCCAGGAGACGACACACUACCUGGUCAUCCAGCUUAACGGCAAACUAGUCCAAGGAAAUUUCUACCAACUCAACACCAGAUUUCAGGGGGAGCUGGCUGAUGACAUGACUGGGUUUUACAGAAGCCACUACACUGAGGGUGCAGAGACAAAAGUUCUUGCCACAACCCAGAUGGAACCCACAGAUGCUAGGAAGGCUUUCCCCUGCUUUGACGAGCCAGCCCUGAAGGCUGUCUUUCACAUGACUCUCAUCCACAAUCGCAACACUGUAGCCCUUGCCAAUGGCAUGGAGACUGAGACUGUCAACACCACAAUGGAAGGGGUCGAGGUGUCCAUAACCACUUUUGAACCAACACCAAUAAUGUCCACCUACCUGGUGGUUUUAGUUGUUUGUGAAUUCGACUACAUCAGGUCACCAGAAGGGGGAAAGGUCCUGGUUCGUGUGUGGGCAGGCCGGCAGGCCAUCGCGGAAGGUCAAGGUGACUUUGCUCUGGAGAAGGCAGGGUCCUUUCUGGAGUUCUUUGAGAGAUACUUGAAUGUCACAUAUCGCCUCAAGAAAUUAGAUCAUAUAGCUUUGCCUGACCUGGGACCUUUGGCAAUGGAGAAUUGGGGGAUGAUAACUUACACAGAAAAGGACCUUCUUUGUCACCAGAAUCAAACAGAAGAAGAAAGACAUAGUGUGGCCAAGCUCAUAGCCCAUGAGGUGGCUCACAUGUGGUUUGGAAACCUGGUGACGAUGAAAUGGUGGAAUGACCUCUGGCUGAAUGAGGGAUUUGCCACCUACUUCUCCUGUCUGGGCUUUGCAGCACUUGAGCCAGAUGGGAAACUGACAAACCAGAGGGUCUGGAAUAGCAUCUGGGGGGCAUUUAGCGUGGACGCUGUGGCCCACUCCCACCCUCUUUCCUUCACUGAGGAAAGCAUGAACACUCCAGCUGAGAUCAACAAAAUAUUUGACUCCAUCACCUACAAUAAGGGAGCGUCUGUGCUGAGGAUGCUUUCAGAGUUCCUGACAGAGCCGGUCUUUUCCAAGGGUCUGAGUAACUACUUGAAUGAGUUUGCUUACAAAAACACAGUGUCCACAGACCUUUGGAAACAUCUUCAAGCUGAGGUGGACAGGACUCCCACACUACAACUCCCAGACACCAUUGAGGUGAUCAUGAACCGCUGGAUCCUCCAGAUGGGCUUCCCCGUCAUCACCAUAGAUACCACAACAGGAACCAUCAGGCAAAAGCACUUCCUGACAGGCCUUGAGUCAGUGGUGGACAGGCCUUCCAUUUACAAUUAUGAGUGGUUUGUUCCUGUAACAUGGACCAAACAUGGUGCACCACAAGACCGUAAAUGGCUGCUCUCCCAGUCAGAUGUGCACAAGCCAACGAAGACGGCAGAAUGGAUGCUAGCAAACCUCAACAUGGUUGGAUUCUACAGAGUCAACUAUGACCAGGGCAACUGGGAACGCCUUUCGGCACAGCUAAUCAGAGACCACAAGGCGAUUCCACCCCUCAACAGAGCUCAGAUUGUGGAUGAUGUAUUUAGCUUUGCCAAGGAAAAUAUUAUCGACAUGGUCCUGGCUUUGAAAACAACUCGGUACCUGUCAAAAGAGACAGAAUACACGCCGUGGGUCCUGGCUCACAACCAUCUGCGACACUAUUUAAAGAAGUUUCGCCACACAAAAGUGUAUGGAGCCAUGCAGAGAUACCUCAGGAAGCAAGUUGAGCCCCUGUUUUUGCACUUCAAGAAUAUUACUGCGAACUGGACCAAAAUUCGAGAUGGGCGCUAUGACCGAUUCCACAUGACAGCCUUCACCUUUGCCUGUGAAACAGGAGUGGACAGCUGUAUGGAUCUCUCCCGGGACUGGUUCAAUUCGUGGAUGAACAAUCCACAAGACAACGUGAUCCUUCCCAACCUGAGGCAUACAGUAUACUGUUGCGCUGUAGCUACUGGAGGGGUACAGGAGUGGGACUUUGUCUGGCAGAUGUUUAAGAAUGCCACUGACGAUGCCCGCCACUUACAUUAUGCUCUCUCCUGCACUAAAGACCCCCAGCUGCUCAAGAGGAGUCUGCAGUACCUUCUGGAUCCUACCAUGGGACAUAACAUUUCCUUUGAACGUCGCAUCAUGGAAACUGCUGACCUUGACAAUCUCCAGCCCCUGGUGUGGAACUACAUCAGAGACAACUGGUCCGUUUUGAAUGAUGAUCAUAACAGUGAGUUCCUCCCCAAACUGAUCACCGUGGUGACUGAAAGACUCUCCACUGAGUUUGACCUCAAACAGCUCGUCGACUUCAAAGCAGCACACACCGCGACAGGCUCAGUGGCCAAAGCCCUGGAUCAGGCCAUUGAGAGGACAAAAGCCAAUGUGAAGUGGACUGAGGAGAACCAAGAGAGGCUGUUCCAGUGGUUGACCUCAGCAGCAAGACAACAGUGAACAAAAAGCCAAAAAUUCAUAAAAGCAUUGGAGUAUAUUAUGGUGUUUUAUUUCCAGACCAAGUUCCCUCCAAUGUGGCUGAAUCAAAACAGUUCUACAAAGAAGAGUGGGCCAAAUUCCUCCACCACAAUGUAAAAGACUAAUUUAAAUUAAAGGAUCCUUUAAACGCCGCAUUUGCGUUUACUUAUAUUCAAAUUAGUUGGAUGAUCUGAAACAUUUAAAUGUGACAAAUAAGCAAAAAUAGAAGAAAUCUAUACAAAUACUUUUUCACAGCACUGUACAUAUCAUAUAAAAGACAAACAAUAAACACAAAGUGCAUGUGUGUGUGGUAUUGCAAACAACAAUAAUGUCCAUCAGGUAUGGGAAAUAAAAUGGGAAAUAAAACUGUGAUGUAUAUGUAUUU